UGACAAUGUUAUUUUGACAUAUCUAUUCUAUGAGCAGAUAAGAAAACACAGCAUUUACAAAGGGAGAGGUUCUCUGAUUCAAACCAGUUGAAAUUGACAAGUGAAAAUGUUUAAAGUUUGCGGGAUUAUUAUGAUCGUUUUUGGGAUUAUGACGGUGUUCAGCCUUGCUAACAAGUAUGAAUAUGCGCAAACUGCUACCAUUAAGCUCGGCGAUGUUAAGCCGGGAAGGGAUCGCGAGAGCUUGGAACGUUACUUGUACCAGGGGUACUGGAAGAACAAGUCCGUCUGGCUCCCUAAAUGGAUCAAGACUUGGCAGAUGAAGAGUGUCUUCGUCCCUGUUUGGAAGCGCGUCUGGUACCGUGUGAAGACACAGGAAUGGGUCAACGAGCACGCGGCUCCGCCGACCUGGCUUAAGAAUGUACGCGGGGGACUCUCCAUAAAACUACCCCAAUAAAUGUCUCAAGCACUACUGUUCUAUUUACGUUCGAAAUCAAUAUUGGAUCUGAAAAACAUACGUAUCCGCGCUAUUUUAAUUUCUAUUUUCAAUCUGAUCCUAAGAUAGACAACAUGAUCGUAUAAAGAGCAAUCUUAUAAUCGCUGUAUCUCGUUUCUUACAGAGUAUUUAAAAUAUUUUUCGGAUCGAUCUGAAGGAUCCUAUAUUGAUUUCGGACGUUCGAGUUCUGCACAAUUUGAUG